UCGGUCGGUAUACAAACGGAUGAGAAUGUUCGGCAUGUCUAUGCCGUGCGGUAUAUUGUCCAUUCACAUUGUGCCACGCCUUGUCUCACUCAUUCUGAAGUAUAUGCAGCAAAUGAGCCAACAUUAUGAAUACAAUAUCACUUCACAAGCCUGCUUGAUCGAUGUGCGCAACACGCGUCUAAAGACUAGCCCCGCCAGCGAUUGCCAGAAGGUGCCAAUUCGCCUUCUCGCUUAUCCGUCUCUUCCCAGUACCGAGUAGAGACAUUACUCAAGCGGCCAAGAGUGGCUGACGUGUGUGGCUAGUGGGAACUUCGAUGUUAACACGCAACGCGCAUGGGACUUGCCGUCGUUGUCGACGAAACCCACUGUCGCCUCACUCAAGAAAUAACCUUUCAAUGGUUUAUGGGCUGAGUCCUUGCUGUCUUUUACCCCAUUGAUAACAGUUCGCUGCAAGUUAUGUCCACCACCGUACCUUCAGAUCCGGUCAAAGAAAGUGGCGCGGCAUCGAAAUCGAAAAAGAAGAAGAACAACAAGAAGAAGAAUGCGGGAGCAAGCAAAGCCGAAGAGUCUAACAGUAUAAAUGGCGACGACGACAACCACGAAGACCAGCCAGAUGCUACGGAGGGGCGACAGGGAGGAGAAUCUCAACUGCAACCCGCUGCUCACUCCACAGGACCCGACGACGUCGAAGACGAUGAACAACCACUCUCCCCUUCCAUACAAGCGAAUGGCAACAACCUCCAUUCUAUAUCGUCCGCUGUGGCUCUCGGUCUCUCGAGAUCUCGAUCGAAACAAGGCUUAUCACCAUCGCCGCCCCCACAAUCGGACACCAGUGCACGCCUCGAUGCUAUAGCGAAAGAAAGGGAUGCCCUGCGGCAAGAGGUCACUGAGCUCCGAAAAAGCUUGGAGGGAAUGCAGGAGAAACAUGAUGCAGAAAUCAGUAAUCUCCAAAGCGAGUUGGAAGAGUCUAAUGAGACCAAGGACCACUUUGAAACACAAUACAAAAACCUGUUAGGCAGAGUGAACACGAUUAAAACCUCACUUGGUGAUCGCUUGAAGGCUGAUGCGGCCAGGAUCGAGGAAUAUCAAACCCACAUAUCAGACCUCGAAGAAAGCAACAGAGCACUACACGAAAACAACACUUCUUUAAUAGAAAGUCUAGAAAAUCUGAGAAAACAGAAUGAGGCACAAGAGGCGGAAAUGGGAAAUCUAAGAAAUCGAGGCAAUUUGUCCCAACAGAACUGGAUCAAGGAGCGCGAUGAACUUAUCUCAAAAGAAGCCUAUGCAAGGGAAGAGUUCGAGAAUGCGAAGCAAGCAAUGCAAGACUGGGAGGUACUCGCCAUGAAUGAACGUUCAUUGCGGGAGAAUCUAGCAGAAAAAGAAGCCGAAAUGCGAGAACAGCUAGAGUCGCUACGUGAAGCGUAUGCGAAGGCGGCCAACGACCGUGACACCAACAGUCAAGCGGUGGAAGGUCUUCAGAAAGCACUGCAAGAGGUCCAAUCCUUGCGUAGGUCUGAACUCAAGAAAUCAGUCGAAAACUACGAAUCGUUGGUCAAUGAGCUCCGGAAGCAGGUCCAAGCUGCGGAAGAAGCUGCGACAUCGGCCAAAACCGCUUUGAACGCCACCAGAACCGAACUCGACAGGGCACUGCCUUUUGAGAAAGAAGUGAAAGAAAAAAAUCUUCUCAUUGGGAAGUUGCGGCACGAGGCAGUCACAUUGAAUGAGCACCUCACCAAGGCCCUUCGGAUUUUGAAAAAGGGGCGGCCCGAAGACAAUGUAGAUCGGCAGAUCAUCACCAACUACUUCCUGCAUUUUCUUUCCAUAGAUCGAUCAGAUCCCAAGAAAUUUGAAGCACUGCAGCUGAUUGCUGCGUUGCUUGGAUGGACCGACGAACAGCGCGAACAAUCUGGUCUAGCACGCCCGGGGGCGUCUAAUAGUAGUUUACGCAUACCCAUGUCACCCUUUCGACGCACACCUUCCACGCCAUCCCUCAACAGCAGCUUGAAUGAUCCUAUGCUCAUGGCAAGCAGCUCUAGCAACAAAGAGUCGCUGGCUGAGCUGUGGUCCGACUUUCUCGAUCGCGAAGCUGGGGAGGAAUCUCGACGAGGGAGUGGUAGCAUUGCCACUUCACCCCCACCACGAAGUGAUACGGGGAGUGGCCUUGGUAUCAGCGAGAAAUGA